ACUUGGUUUCGUUGCCUGGUCAAGAGAAGGGAAGGUAGCGUAGAAUACGGAUGGUACGAGAUGACCUUCAUGACAUGCUGGUUGCCAGAUCGUUGCAUCAUGUUAUGCAUCAACACACCAACAAGCAUGCAAUCAAAGCUCCAGGCUACCCUUUCGGGGGGCUCAUUGAGCCUGGAUGUUAGAGACCCGUUCUCUUUGUAUGUUCCAUUAAUGGAUGAGAUUGUCAAGCUCUAUGACCUAUCCGUGUGGGGUAUUCGAGAUUUAAUUCGUCCAAUUGAAAAGGCUAGGAAGCAAGGGAAUUACGGAAAGCACUUUUCGCUACUGGAGGACAUGGUCCGACACUCGGUCCACGUUACUGAAGUCCUCAUGGUCGCAUUAGCCAACACACAAGAUAUAGUAAAAUAUCGGCAAACGUUACUCUCACAAGCCCCGGCGAAGUCCGACAAGGAAGAACUUGUCCUCGAUAAAACCACUAGCUAUAUGAACUUCCAGGUUCAACUUCUCCGAAACCUCAAGCAUCGCCAGCAAUCCAAUCAUGAUCGAGUACAGACUGAGACUACUUUGGCAUUCAAUAUGACGACAAUGCGAGAUAGCAGGUCAAUGAAAACCGUUGCCGUUCUAACGAUGGUAUAUCUACCAGCCACUUUCACAUCGGCAAGUUUCAUUCCCCUCCUGUAG